AUGGCCCGGACGGGUACCAGUACUACUGGCACGACGUCCGGAACGACCAAGAAGUGUUCUCGAUCCGGGCAAGUGGGUGGAGGCAGUUUAAUGGUGUGGGCGCGUAUGAGCCACUAUGGAAAGACCGAGAUCGCGUUCCUUGAGGGAAGGUAUGCCAACGCGAAUGGCACAGAGCUCGAAGCCAAAGUGCAGCGCGAAAACACACAACCCCGUCGAUCUCUGUCAGUGGUGAUCCCAGAAACCAGCAAUGGUCGAGCGCCGCCAGUCAAUUUGGUCAAGCCGGUUGGACACAGGCUUCUUCCUCGGGGUCUUCCACCCAGCAGUGGUCUAGCGGUUCCAGUGGAGAGGGUUCCGGUGCUUCAACAUCUUCAACGGCAUCCAGUCAAUCCGCAAAGCAGGGGCCAAGGGAUUCCAGCCAAUCCACUCAGCAACAGCAGUCGUCAACAGCUUCAAGCCAAUCGGCGCAGCAACAGGCUUCAAGCGGUCCCAGUCAAUCUGCACAACAACAAUCGUCCACUGCUUCAAGCGUGCGAGAACAUCGUGAUCAAGGAUCUGAGCGUCCCUGCCAGCACUACACUCGACUUGACAAAGGUUGCCAAGGGUGCAACGAUCACGUUUGAAGGAACGUCGACAUUCGAGUACGCUGAAUGGGAAGGCCCGCUCGUUCUUCUAACCGGAAUAGAACUAACUGUCAUGUGUCCCGUACCCGGGAACGGAGGGGUCAUUCCAGGAGCUCUGCCUCCCGUCGGGAUGACUCGAGACCCUGGGAAUCACUCCUCGCCCCGCCGUCCCGUCAGAAUGGUUCCCGUUGAACCCAACAACGCACGUGCCCCUGACCGAGCCCGUUAG